AUGGAUAAUAAACUUUCUUGUGCCAAAUAUGAAUUUACAAUGAAAGCUAGUGAUGUCGAUAGCACAUAUCAUACUCCCAUAUUUUCGACAAAAGGCGAAAAUCAAUUAUGGAACUUGCGUAUUGGGCCUUCCGCUAAAAAGCAAGCAGAAUAUCUCGAAGUCUUCUUACAAGCUGUACCUUCUGUCACUGAACUCAUUACCGAAGGUCCAUGGAUUUCACGUCAGGGUCUCUCUUGCGAAAUCUACAUAAUUGAUGAGAUGGCAUGCACGACAGUGGUCUCCAAAAAAUUUAAAGAAAGUCCUUUCGAAAAAUUUUCACGGAAGUCGUCCGGGUGUGGUUGGCCGUGCUUUGUUAAGAAAUCUUCACUUCCAGAAAACUUCAUACUUGGUAUUUGUUUUUCGAUGACUACAGCUCCUCGUGUCCAAUCUUCUCAGUCCGUAGAUAAUACAUUUCAAUAUACUCUACCUGACCUUGCUACCGCUUGGGGUACUAUGCUAGAUAAUCCUAAUACUGCUGAUGUGGUUUUCAACGUGCAGGGAACCAAAAUAUAUGCUCAUAAAGAUAUUCUUCGUGCACGGAGUGCAUAUUUCCGUGGCAUGUUCAACAGUGGUUGUGCUGAAAGUGUUGCAAAACCUACUGAAUCAAAUAAACCAUCUAAACGUGAAAAUAAAUCAACUCAUGUUUCGAUGCAAAGCUCGUCUUAUCGAAGAGAAAAUGCUUUAAAGAUCCUCAGCCUUCAAUACAAGCCACCUGAACCUACAGUCCCUCUAGCAGAUGAAACUACUUCAUCCGGCAGUGAUAUGGAAAUAGUAACCUUGGAAAGCUUAUCUACUGAAAUUAAGGCUGAUGAAGGAAAAGAUCAAAGCACAUCAGAUGUCAUUAAGACUAAUGUCAUUAAGACUAAUGAUAUUAACCAGGUUUCGGCUGUUGAUGCGUUAAACAAGCACUAUGAACAGCGUUUGGCAGAAUUGCAAACGAAGCUUUCUGAUGCCCAACAAGCACAAUCAUUGAUUAUUAAUAAAAUACAAAAUUUGCAGACAAAUUUUGAUGAUUUUCGCGAUUCCGUCAAGCGUAGGGAAGAAGAAAUCACUACCAAAGAAAAAGAAGUUGAUUCUCUUAAAAAAUCAAUUCAGAUACUCGUAUCAGAAUUUUGUGGAGUAGAUAAUAUUAAAUUUUCUACAAAUAUUUCUUUUGAUGAUAAACGUUCAUCAACAAAACCAUUACCACCAUCGCAAUCGGUAUCACAACCACCACAACGACAAUAUCAUGUUAUCGAAGUCACAGAUUUCGAACCAGUAACAUACCGUCGAUUUCUUCAUUUCUUAUACACUAAUCGAAUCCCUUCUGAGAUUGCACUUCCAGCAUGUCUUGCGCUUUUUAAAUUAUCGGACAAAUAUCAACUCAUUACUGUUCGUCGUGCAAUGCUUCUACGCAUCGAAACAUUGCUUACAGUAGAUAAUGUGGCAACUAUACUUUUUCAACAAGCUUAUUUGUACAGUGAUUUCAAGCAAAUUUGCAUGGAAUAUCUAUUGAAGCAUUAUGAAGAAGUUACAAAGACGAAAAGUUUUGAACUUAUCCUUACUUGGUCAGGCGAGUACCCAGCAUUUCCUGAAGUAAUGAUGGAAAUAAUGAGAUCCAUUCCAAAUAGAGAUUGUUUAACGCCUACAGUUGCAUCUAAUAAUAAUACCGAUGCAGUUGUCAAUAACUGA